AUGAAGCUCGUCUGGAGACGACUUGUAUGGAAGCCACUUCACUGGAACUUCGAGAAUUGUUCCAACUUUGGCUUGCAGUGCCAGGUCAUUGGACGUCUCUGGCGUUUGGGCCAGAAGGGGGAGGUGUCCUGGAAAAUCCUCCAAACCCAGUCUACUUUUGACCCCUGGCUUAAGACCAAGAACAUGAGGGCGUACGUGAGCACCGUCGAGGCGGAGGCUGCUAUCGAUGCUCGCAUCACUACAUCUAGUAGGCUUUUCAACGCCAACGCCAGCGCCGGUGCCAACGAAGAGAACGACAAGGCUUUCGGCGACAGGGAGCCUUCAGGUGACUCUUGCGCCCAAGGCGACUGCGAACUUUGCGAGCUGACUGACGACUCUAUCACUACGAUCGACUCUGAUCUCUAUAUGACUUUGCACUCCGUCAACCAAAGCAUUGGUCGUCGUGAAAAGGUGCGAAUGGCCAAGGAAGCUAUUGCAGAGAACCAGAGUCGUGUGCAUUUUCUCAAGUACGAGACGGAAUACCUCGAGAGAAACUAG